AGGGAUUAAAUGGCAAUUUUUUUUACAUAUAUGCCACCUUUUCUGCUUUGAUGAAAAUGUGUUUCACUGUCUAAAAGUUUAAGCAGUAAUACUUUUGAUGUAAUAUGAACGAUUCGGGUGGUUUAAAUAUAAAAUGUAAAGUCUAAGUUUUAAAUAUGUAAAUAUGUAAUUAUUCUUUAUUGGUUAUUUAACUUGGUGAUCUUUGCCAGCAUGUUAAAGUUGAAUUUCCAAGAAAUGCAUAAGUUGAAAUCCUGGAGGAAUGUUGAUUUAAUCCUUGGAGUAUUGCUGGAAUUGGCUUUCUUGUUUACAUGAAUCUUUCUUUAUUUGGUGUUAAUCUUUCAAAAGUAUUACAGUUAUAAAAAAAAAAAAUGGUGAAAGAAAGCAAGAACCUGCUACUUCAAGUCUUUCUCCGAUUAUCAAUUGGUGUCUUUAAUAUUGAUGUGAUUUUAAUUCUAUAAAUCAUGAAAGAUCUUACAAUUUUUGUAGGUCUAAAACAUCCUAUUCUAUACGAGUUCUUGGUUUGACUUAUAUUUUUUGAAUUCUUUUCAUAUUCAGUUUACAUCAUUUGAUUGCUCAACAAGAAAGUUUAGCUUUCCUUGCAGGAUUAUGGCUUCAAAUUAUUAAGCAGUGGAAGUUUUUUUUUCUUUAUUCUUUACUUUCUCGGCUAAAAAAAAAAAAUUAAUUCUUGUUACAUUUUGAAAUCAGAAUCGAAUUGGUUUUGAGAUUAUGAAUUGUUGUCUCCUUAAGUGGCUAGAAUUUGAUUUGGUUUUUGUAUAUGUUCAUAUCUGGAGUGAUCAUAAUCCCUAUAUAUAUCUAUAUUAGUUUCCUGAGUUUUGUCGCCUUUCACAGCGGCAUACUUACCGUGGAUUCAUUUUUUUUUAACGUAUUCUUCCUUGCUCGAUAGUAUAAAUUACUUGAGGAGAACUUGUUUAGAGGACAUAUUAUUGAUUCUUUUCAUAUGCCUUUAUUUGGAUGUCUGUUUCAAAUAUUCCACUAAAUUUAAUGAAAGUUUUAGGUACAUACCACUUAUUUCCUAUGCAUUUAUAUAUUUCACAGACUUCGUUUCCUUUUUAAUACUUAUGCAACCUAAAUUCUCUCGAAUCGUGGAAUUCGCCUACCUGUUUGUUUUGUUUUUGUGAUUCUUGCGAGGUACAUCGAUAGGUGGACUGGACACCGACGCCUUGUAGCAAGCAGCAAGGACUUCAUCAACCUUCUGGACGCCGGGGAGUUUGCAGGGUCCAAAAAUUAAAUAAUGAAGAACUCUCUAGCAUCGAGUGCUUGCUUCUUUUAGACGACAUUGAGAGUCCAGAAUUGUUCAAUCUCCCCUACACUUCAAUAGUACAUAUCCCUGGAAGCUUCUAUGAUAUGCUUGGAGAAUGCAAGGAAGAAAUAUAUCCAAAUUGGUUCCCUUUGCCUAACAGGA